AUGAGCUACAGUCACAGAGAAAUUCCAGUUACUGAUGGAACAAUUACUAGAACUAGCUUGCACAACAAUAGCAACAACCCUUAUGUACAACUUUCUCCUGCUAAACCUUCUUCUGAUGCCGCUGCCAACCGUCCUAAUCCAAUGGAUAAAAUAAGUGGUGCACUGAAUAACUGCGGCAAGAAAGUUGAAGAAGUAACUAAACAUGCUGAGAGCAUGGUUGACAAUAUUUGGAACCAUGUAAGAAUGAGUAUUACUCCAGCUGAUGCUGCAAUAGCUAGACUAGUUCAGGGAACAAAACUGAUUGCAAAUGGAGGGUCUGAUAAGCUAUUUCAGCAAACAUUUGGGGUUAUUCCAGGAGAGAAAGUGUUAAAGCAACAUGUUUGUUACAUAUCAAAAAUCUCUGGACCUAUGAUUGGAACACUUUAUAUAACAACUAAAAGAUUAGCAUUUUGCAGUGACUAUCCACUCUGUCACCAUCCAUUCUCCUUGAACCAUCAAUGUAUCUACUAUAAGGUGGUAGUGCAGCUGGAUCAGCUGAGGGCAGUUAGUCCUUCAGCAAAUAUGUUUAACUCGAAAGAAAAAUACAUCGAGAUUGUGACAGUCGAUGGUUAUGAGUUCUUUUUUAUGGGAUUUGUGUCAUAUGACAAGGCUCUCAAAACUCUGAAUGAGGUUCUACACCAAUAUGGCAACAAUUCUUCCAGUGACAAGUUUAAUUGUCAAGUGUUUUGA